AUUUCAUCACACUCAAAUCAUUGAAUAUCGAGUGAGAGAUAUUUCAUCAUAAUUUUUUUAAUUCUUCAUCAAACUUGUUCCAAGUGUGUUGAAUAUUUAAACCAUCUGUUAGUGAAAUAUAAAAUUUACAAAAUAUUAGUAUUUAUUUAUUUAUAUAUCGAAAAUUAAUUAUUUCUUUUGUUAAUUUUAUUUUUAUCAAAUACCUGGUUCAGUGUCAUGUGACGUGUCUUACUUUCAAGUUUCAAGUGUUUAAUGAUUAUAUAAAUAUAUAAAUUGAGUAUUGACAAUCAGUUUGUUGUAACUGAUGAAAUAUUCAUUAACAUAAUUAAUUAAUUACAUAGUGAUAUGCCUGGUACAUUGACUUAUCCAAUGUAUGUAGGUGUUGAGAGACCAACUCCAAGAAGAAGAUCUAGCUGGAGUUAUAGAAGACGAUCAAGUGCAACACAAGUACCACCAAUUAGACCAGAACGAGUAUCUCUUGCUGAACCUUUUAAUGAUGAAACAAAAAGGCUGAGACUAAAAGUUAUUGCUGGACAUCAACUAGCUAAAAAGGAUAUAUUUGGUGCAAGUGAUCCUUAUGUUAGAAUUGAUUUGCUACCAAUUGAUGGUGAUGAUACAGUUGAUUCUGUACUUACCAAAACUAAAAAAAAGACUUUAAAUCCAUCAUGGGAUGAAGAAUUUAUAUUCAGGGUUAAACCAAGUGAACAUAAAUUGGUACUCCAAGUUUUCGAUGAGAAUAGAUUGACAAGAGAUGAUUUUUUGGGAAUGGUAGAAUUAACUCUUGCAAAUUUACCCAAAGAACAAACUGGCAGAACAUUACCAGCAAAACAAUAUAUUCUUCGUCCUCGUAGUCAUUCCAAUCAACGAUUCAUUCCAAUUCCACACAAUUCCAAAGUAAAAGGAACACUGGAAGUUUAUCAUGCUUAUAUAACAGACUCAACAUCAUCAACAACAGCUGUUAACGGUGAUGAUUCAGUAACAGAUUCAAGUAGUUGGGAGCUAGUUGAUCAACCAAGUCCUACCUCAAAUAACAGCCCUGUUGCACAAUCAACAGAGCCAUCAACAACAAAUGGUGCACUUCCAACAGGCUGGGAAGAACGUCAAGAUGCCAAUGGAAGAACGUAUUUUGUAAAUCAUAUAGCUAGAUUUACCCAAUGGGAACGACCAACAUUACUUAAUGGAGCACCAACUGGUGGUGUCACUCAAGAACAACGAAUAUUAGAUACAGCAACAACUGAAUUUCAACGAAGAUUUCAUAUUAGUGUUGAUGACAAUGAGAGUAGAAAUUCACACAGAACAUCAGCAAUUAGCCAGGAUCGGGAAUUAAAUGAAGAAGAUGAUGAUCAUGAAGAUAAUAACAAUGAAGAGUGGUUAAGAAAUACGGGUGUUGGGGAUGUAUCAUCUGAUUCUGGUCAAUCAACUGAUCAACAUGGUUAUACUGCUGAGAUUGACGAUCAGAGUGAUGAUAAUGUUGAUAGUCCAGCUGGUUCAAGAAGAAUUUCUGAACAGCCACCAGCUCAUACUGAAACACCAAUUCCAAAUGGUGAAGGACUACCACCAAAUUGGAGUAUGCAAUUAGCACCAAAUGGAAGAAUGUUUUUUAUUGAUCAUAAUGAAAGAGCAACAACAUGGGUUGAUCCAAGAACAGGAAGACCAAGUCCAAUGCCUAAUCACAAUGUGCCUUCGGCUACUCCAAGAAGUGAUUUAGAUCAACUUGGUCCACUUCCAGAGGGAUGGGAAGAACGUGUACAUAGUGAUGGACGUAUAUUUUUCAUUGAUCACAAUACAAGAACAACACAGUGGGAAGAUCCACGUAUGUCUAAUCCACAAAUUGCUGGACCAGCUGUACCAUAUUCACGUGAUUAUAAAUUAAAAUAUGAAUAUUUAAAAUCACAACUAAGAAAACCAAGCAGUGUACCAAAUAAAUUUGAGAUAAAAGUUGGAAGAAAUAAUAUUUUGGAAGACUCUUAUCGUAUUAUAAGUUCAGUUAAUAGAGUUGAAAUAUUAAAAACAAAACUUUGGGUUGAAUUUGAAGGUGAAGUUGGUCUUGAUUAUGGUGGAUUAGCACGUGAAUGGUUUUUUUUAUUAUCAAAAGAAAUGUUUAAUCCUUAUUAUGGCCUAUUUGAAUAUUCAGCAAUGGAUAAUUAUACAUUACAAAUUAAUCCAUUUUCGGGUGUUUGUAAUGAGGAACAUUUGAAUUAUUUUAAAUUCAUUGGACGUAUUGCUGGUAUGGCUGUGUAUCAUGGUAAAUUAUUAGAUGCAUUUUUCAUUAGACCAUUUUAUAAAAUGAUGUUAUCAAAAACAAUUGAUUUAAAAGACAUGGAAAGUGUUGAUUCUGAAUAUUAUAAUUCAUUAUUAUGGAUUAAAGAAAAUGAUCCAACUGAAUUAGAAUUAACAUUUUGUGUUGAUGAAGAAAGUUUUGGUCAUACAUCACAAAGAGAAUUAAAACCAAAUGGUGCAAAUAUACCAGUUACUGAUGAUAAUAAAGAUGAAUAUAUUAGUUCAGUAAUACAAUGGAGAUUUGUAUCACGUGUACAAGAACAAAUGAAUUCAUUUCUUGAUGGUUUUAAUGCACUAGUACCAUUAACACAUGUUAAAAUAUUUGAUGAAAAUGAAUUAGAGCUAUUAAUGUGUGGUAUACAACAUAUUGAUGUUAAAGAUUGGAAAAAAAAUACAUUAUAUAAAGGUGAUUAUCAUGCAAAUCAUAUAACAGUACAAUGGUUUUGGCGUGUUGUGUUAUCAUUUAAUAAUGAAAUGCGUGCAAGAUUAUUACAAUUUGUAACUGGUACAUCACGUGUACCAAUGAAUGGAUUUAAAGAACUUUAUGGUAGUAAUGGACCACAAUUAUUUACAAUUGAAAGAUGGGGUACACUUGAUAAUUAUCCACGUGCACAUACUUGUUUUAAUAGAAUUGAUCUACCACCAUACGACAGCUAUCAACAAUUACGAGAUAAACUUGUUAAAGCUAUUGAAGGUUCUCAAGGUUUUGCUGGUGUUGAUUAGCGUGAAAUACCAUUUUUUAUGACUAUAUCUGUAAUAUAAUGUAUAUAUGCAUGUAGAUAUACAUAUAUACAAAAUUCAGUACGAACCGUCUUUAACAAAAUAAUAAUACACAGUUUGCUAGCAUCUUUUUUUUUUUUCUUUGUUUAUUUUAAUUUACAAUUUUAUUAAUUAAUUUUCGAAAUUUAAAAUAUAAAUUUAUUUGUGACACGAAAAAUCUUGUACAUAUUUUUGACUUGAGAUAUUUUUUUAAAUGUUUCAAUAUUGAUUAAUU